CAGUGUGCAGAAGGAGGACCCUUUGAGAUCUGGUUAGUUUCCUUCUUGCAUUCUAAUUCACGCAUUUUUAUAAAGGCUUUCUCGCAGGACAGCCGUUUGUAGCCCCGGUGCAUGCUGGUGCCUUCCCCGCUCUUCUGUCGGGAUCCGCCGCUAACGUGAAGCUGUCAUUGAUGUGGUUCUAGUGGUGCGGACCCAGAGCUUCUUCAGACAUGUCUGUGAGGGAGUCUUUUAACCCUGAAAGCUAUGAGCUGGACAAGAACUUCAGGCUCACACGGUUUGCUGAGCUCAAAGGCACAGGCUGCAAGGUCCCCCAAGAUGUGUUACAGAAGCUGCUAGAAACCCUGCAAGAGAACCACUAUCAAGAGGAUGAACAGUUCCUGGGGGCGGUUAUGCCUCGAUUAGGCAUUGGCAUGGACACGUGUGUGAUCCCCCUCCGGCAUGGUGGCCUUUCUCUUGUCCAGACAACAGACUACAUCUAUCCCAUUGUGGAUGACCCUUACAUGAUGGGAAGAAUUGCUUGUGCCAAUGUUCUAAGUGACCUGUACGCCAUGGGAGUUACUGAGUGUGACAACAUGUUGAUGCUUCUGGGAGUCAGCAACAAAAUGUCAGAGAAAGAGAGAGACAAAGUCAUGCCACUGAUCAUCCAGGGAUUCAAAGAUGCAUCAGAGGAGGCAGGGACGUCUGUAACAGGAGGUCAGACGGUGCUCAACCCCUGGGUAGUGAUGGGAGGAGUUGCAACAACAGUUUGCCAGCCCAAUGAGUUUAUCAUGCCAGACAAUGCAGUGCCAGGAGAUGUGUUGGUGUUGACCAAACCACUUGGAACACAAGUGGCAGUUGCAGUGCAUCAGUGGCUAGAUAUUCCUGAAAAAUGGAACAAGAUCAAGCUGGUGGUGACGCAGGAGGACGUAGAGCUGGCCUACCAUGAAGCCAUGAUGAAUAUGGCUCGGCUCAACAGGACAGCUGCGGGUCUCAUGCACACGUUCAAUGCUCACGCAGCGACCGAUAUCACAGGGUUUGGCAUACUCGGCCACGCUCAGACGUUGGCACGACAACAGCGAAGUGAGGUGUCUUUUGUCAUCCACAACCUCCCAGUGCUCGCCAAGAUGGCCGCCGUGUCUAAAGCCUGUGGGAACAUGUUCGGGCUCAUGCAUGGCACCUGUCCUGAAACAUCAGGAGGUCUGCUUAUUUGUUUACCUCGAGAACAAGCUGCCCGCUUCUGUGCCGAGAUCAAAUCCCCAAAAUACGGAGAAGGUCAUCAAGCAUGGAUCAUCGGGAUUGUAGAGAAAGGAAACCGCACUGCUCGCAUCAUUGACAAACCACGAAUCAUAGAGGUAGCACCACAGGCGGCCACACAGAAUGUCAAUCCAACACCUGGUGCAACUUCUUAAACCUCCUCUGUUGCAUCACAGACCGGACCCCAAAAGCUCUGAGUGAUUUUAGACACAUAAACUACAGAACCAUCCUAGAGUGUUGAAAUAUAUACACAAAUAGUAUGUACACAGAAAAGACUGGGUUGGCGUGCCAUCAACAUGAAAACAGCUCCACACAGUGGCCCCAUGGGGGCACAUCACUACCCAGUGGACUCCACCUGCAGUAUCCCCGCGAUAAAAAUUGGUAAGAAAUAGAGCAUUCUUAAAAUCCACUUGCUUUUGUUGUCUGUUGUACUCUGUUAUGUUCAGUGUGCUUGACUGGCAGGCAGCUUCUGAUAGGAGAUAAUCUGAUACUGCUGAUUCAUUUUGAAUCAUUAGGAAGUCUGGAGUCGGUUGCCUCUUUGGCUCUCUUAAAACUGCUCUCAUCAAACCAUGGUGGCGUUUUUGUUUAUUGUUCAUUUACUUUGUUGUACAGUUAUACAGCUGAGUUUUAGUUCAUUGUUGUAACUGAUGCCUUGAAAGAAAAUAAGUGCGACCAGAAUGGCUUGUUUUUUAUUACUUUGACUUUUUGUAUUGUCCCUGCAUAAACUAAUAAACCAUCAUCUAUUUGAAAUUUGGUCUCACUUGUGUGGAUAAACUAAAUCAAAUUGGCCAUGUAGUUACAGUGUAGUUACAAUUUUGAACUAAAGUUUUAUAAAAAACAGAUACUUCUCUAAAGUGGUUUCUUAUUGUUAUACAUCAUCGUGUGGUCAUAGAUACAUUAAUAUCUGCAGAACCCUCAGGAGAUGAACUGUAAACCAUCUGCAUUCUCAUUAUGUCAUGUUUAACAUAAUACAAAAUCGGAAUUUUAUAUGAAAAACUGCCUAAAACUUCAUUGUUAGUCCACAAGUACAGGAUCUUUUUUUUUUUUUUUUUUCCCCCCCC